AUGGUCCAGCCGGGCGUCGAGGGCCUGGGCACGCCGCGCACUGCCGUCGGUGACGCGACUUUUCUCGACCGCCAACCCGACUUCGACUUGUCCCAAGAGCUCUCCUUCCACUCGCCCUCUAAAGAUGCAAACAUUGCCCAGCAACUCCGAAAUGGCAACCGACCGAACCUGUCGACACCACGGGGCACCCGUGCUCCCUUCACGAACCGGCGCAAUGUCCAAGCCAACGGCAACAUCAACGUGGGCGGUCCAGAAUUCACCCCCCUCCUCAAAUCAGCCACGAGAAACAGUGCAAGGCGCCUGCCCGGCAAGGAGAACGGCCGGACGACGCCGAAUUUCUUGGAGAGGAUAGACGAGGACAUCACGCCGUUGCCAAAGCUCAACACCUCGGUAUACAGCUCCCAUACACCUCUACCCAACGAUGCGACCGUUUCCAGUACAGAAGUGACGACACCAAUCACCAUAAGGCGGCGAGGCGGCGCUAAGGGCCCUCUGGACGACGGCAACCAACUGUCACUGCGCGAGCAAGAGAACGUUGUCAACAAGAUAGAAAAGGAAAACUUCGGAUUGAAGCUCAAGAUUCACUUUCUGGAAGAGGCGCUUCGGAAGGCAGGACCGGGGUUCAGCGAGGCUGCCCUCAAGGAGAAUACGGAGCUCAAGGUCGACAAG